AUGAGCACAGCAGCAGAGUCACCAAGGCCAACAGAACCCGAAGGAAACGGCGACUGGAAAAACCUCAAGCUUUCGCUUGAAAGACCAUACAAAGACGAUUCCGGUGAACGCAUUCCCAAUGUUCUCGACAUCCAGCCUGACGGCACAUACAUCUACGAACCCAUUGAAUCUGCGGAUGAACGACUCAAGUCCAAUCUUCAUCGAAUAUUCCAAGAACGGGGAUUUGACUUUUUCGAAAAGCCCGAGAAGAGGACGACCGAUGGCACCUCCGCGCAAGAGUCGUCCACCGCAGACGGUGAAGAGGCUGAGGAACCAGAAAAAGAGGAGAAACACAAGCCCAUGACGUUCGAGGACCUCAACGCUAUGCGAUCGGAAUUGCUGCCUCAACUAUACGUUGCUCUGGGAGAGAUGACACAGGCAAGAGACAUACUCGAAUCGGUACUUUCGACCACCCAAAAGCCCCCACUCUCCACCGAUGCACCAACCGCGGGCCUUUCGGCGACCGUUGUUUCCAAACUCCCUUCACUGCCGUCAUUGCAAGCGUUCAACGCCCAAAUCGUUAUCGGCUCCAAGGACGAAGCACUGAGAAAGGCAGCCGGCCUCUUCAACACUGUCGCCGAGCGUAUGCAACGAACGCACGAGCAAAGCGAACAGUAUUGGAUAAAUGCAUUGAAGAUCAGGGGCAACAACUGGCGAAUGGUACCGUCCCCUUUACCUGCAGGAACGUUCCUAGGCAAGAACAGCGACAGGACUGCCAGGGACUUCCUGGUUCUGUACGGCCUCGAGGAGUCUCCACCGGCUAUCCGGCGAAGAGGAAUCGCGUACCUUUCAGAUGUCAGCGACGGAAGUCAAUUGAUGUUCACGCGUCGCCAGCAUAUGCGCAUUAAAGUGACUCUUAUUCAUCGCAAUGAUGAUGGCACGGAACAUUGGACUGUUAACCGACAUUCGGUGAAUCUCGAGUCGGAAGAUUUGAAUGAGUCGUUGAGGGAGGCUCAGCUCGAACUUGUAGAUGAAGAGAUCUUUUCGUCUCUCAUCAAGGAAGCUAGCUCUCUACCAACAGCACUUGCGCGUGUAUCUGAAAGGUUGAUUGUCAUCGACGCUUCCCAAGGCGUAGAACUGAGAUUCGAGUUGACUAAGGACCAAGCUUCGUCGGAGGACAGAGUUUCCCCAUUGUGUGCAUUGAUCUAUCACCUACUUCACAUACUUUUGCUGCGAAGGCAUGCAUACAUCAAAGCCGAAAGACUGAACUCCUCUGGCAACUUCCCAACGCCUAAUCCCAUCGGCUACCAGCCGUAUAUGCUUCAGCCUAUAAUCGAUUUCUUGCAGUACAAGGUCUUCUGUCAACGUCUAGAGAAAGAACUUAGAUAUGCAUCGCGUGGACUAAACGCUGUUGGCGUUCCGGCGGAAGUCGUAUUCGAUGCCGUUGGCGAAACGGGGGAAGAAAUCGUGCAGAUCUUUACCGAAUCAAGGCAUCGACAUGCAAGUGGAGAAGCUAUCUUGAGAAUCGAGAACAAACAAACGUUACGAUUGACAUUCGUGGCACCAUCGAAUCUCAACGCUCACCUGGCACAAGCCACCCUACAGGUGUAUUCAUUGCCCCAGCUUUCGCAACUUUUGAAAACCGAAAUCGAGAGGUUCAUCCUGCAACAAAUAUGUCAACUUGGAGAGAAACUUCGCGGCGGAACGUGGUUUAUUGACCUAAAUCACCUGGUAGCUCGAUGGGAGGCGUUCGUAUAUACGUUUCAUAUAACCUUCGACGCAGAUAUGAAGAUCAACUGUGCGGCUUUCUGUUUGGACAACAAAUCCGGGAAACGGGCAAGUCACCACUACGCCGAAACACACGGAUCUAUUCUGACUUGGGUUCAAAACCUCAUUGAGCAAAACUCGUAA